AUGGUGGCGCCUCUCUACAAACUGCACUGCCUCUUGAAGAGGGCUCAGAUGCUGCUGCUCUGCCUGGGCAUCGCCUAUCUGAUGGCAGGCAGCAUCCUGCUCCUGCAGCGCUCCAGCAUCAGAGUCACCCAGUCAAACCUCGCCAGCUUGCCGCCCAUGCUGUCCCUCGCAGCACCUCCUACCGCCCUCAGAACUGCAGGCCUGGGCGUGAGGGCACGCUCCAGAUGGGCCGCCAUUCAGCCUGUGUCCGGAGGGGGAGCCAAGGCAGGGCGACACUGGCCUGCUUCCCGGAGCCUUGGGGUCCAACACUUGCAUCGCCGCUGGUUUCACAGUCUGCUGCCAGAGAGUCCAGAGCAGAGAGUCUCUCUCCACAGGAGCAGCAGACACAAAGGAACCUACAUCGGCUGCUUUCUGCACAAUGCCAGCGAUCGAGCCCUGGGAGGAACCAUGCUUUAUGACCUGCGCAAAAUGACCAGCUCUCUGUGUCAGGACACCUGCUCAGAAAGUGGGUACCAGUUUGCAGGACUUGAGUUUGGAGCUGAGUGCCACUGUGGGAACCGGAUCAGUAGCCCACGGGCUCCGGAGGAGGACUGUAGUCUGGUCUGUCGGGGUGAGAGGGGGUCUCCAUGUGGCGGCGUGGGCCGACUCUCCAUUUACAAGGUGGAGGAGCAGCUGCCAGGACACAGAAAAUUCAGAAAUGUUCACUACCGCGGCUGCUUCCAGUUGCCGAAGAGCACGAUCAGCACCUUCCCUGUCUACUCCUUUCAGCCCAACCUAACAACGCAGUCCUGCAUCGAGACCUGCACAGAUAAGGAACUCCCGCUGGCUGUGCUCAAGAAGCUGCACUGCUUCUGUACGUGGACGUCCACUCUUUUCAGUCUCAGCCAGCAGUCCGACAACCAGCAGUGUGUGGGGAACACCGCUCUGAACUACACCAGCAACUCCACAACCACACCCCCCACAGAGCAUGACCACUACCAGGUGUAUCACACACCUGUGCUUGACUCCAGGUGCAAGGAGAGGAUGUUUCUGCCUCAGAGAUCCAGCUCCCUGGUGGCUCUUUCUAGUUUUCCUGGUGCAGGCAACACCUGGGUACGGCACCUGAUCGAGCUCGUGACCGGCUACUACACUGGCAGCUUCUAUUUCGACGGCACGCUAUACAACAGAGGUUUCAAAGGAGAGAAGGACUACUGGAAGAGUGGCCGCAGCAUCUGCGUCAAGACCCACGAGAGCGGUCAGAAAGAGAUCGAGAUGUUCGACGCUGCCAUCCUACUGAUUCGAAACCCUUACCGCUCCCUCAUGGCUGAAUUCAACCGCAAGUGUGCCGGACAUUUAGGACACGCCACAGAUACACAGUGGAAAAGUAAAGAAUGGCCAGAAUUUGUCUCCAGCUACGCCCCCUGGUGGGCGUCCCACGCUCUGAGCUGGCUGAAAUUCGGACGCCACCUGCUGGUGGUGCAUUACGAGGAGCUGCAGAGAGCUCUUAUCCCUCAGCUCCGCCUCAUCACGGGCUUUCUGAAUGUCACUCUGACUGAGGAGAGGCUGCUCUGUGCUCAGAGUAACCAGGACGGGCAUUUCAAACGCUCGGUGGCCCAGCGGCCCUCCUUUGACCCAUUCACCCCUGACAUGAAACUGAUGAUUGACUCCUUCAUUCACACCGUUGACCAGGCGCUGCGGAGCAGGAACUUUAGCGGACUUCCACAGGAAUACCUCCCCAGAUGA